AUGCCGUCUUCUAGCUCUUCUGUUGCUAUCAUAGCAGUAAGAAAGGUUGUUCGCCCAACUGAGAUAGAACGUCCUAGUCCGUUUACGUUUCAACGACGACUGGAGAGACUGCCCUUUGCACCCUUCGACGAUAGUCGGGUCGCCACUUGGCUUAGAUCGUUAACAGAACGAGCAAAUCUUGCACAAUUGUGUGCAAGUACAAAUUUUGAAGGUGAUGACGAAGGUCGGCAAUCCGGCGAUGGAGAGGUAAUGAACCAUGAGUACGGCGGCCAGGAACACCACGAGGCGCAAGCCAACGACAACAGAGAGUUGACGGUUACUCGCGAAAGAUCUCUCUCUGCUCCCAGCAGCUACAAAAUCGCCAACGCUCUUAGAGACCCUAGCUGGACCUGGGAAUCAACUGGAUUUUACCCUCAAUCUCCCACUCACUCUGGCCAACCUGGGGCUUCAACCAAUCGUUGCAAUGCAUCCCCACCACCUGCUCAACCUGAACCUGUAGGAACGAAUGGUUUUCAAGAUCGCCAGAAUAUCGACGAGGACGCGUUCGUUUACUACCCCGAGGGCGAUUGGGUCUACGGCCAAUACCGCGGCUCUGGUCUUAGUGACAGGGCCGGCCGAGACGAGGAGAAGGGCGGGGGCGAGGGCGAGGGAGAGGGCGAUAACUGUUUGAACCGCAAAUAUUACUUCAUCGCUAGUGUUGGCGACGGUGACGAUUUGGACGAGGACGAUUUGAGGUACCACGGCUACCACAUUCCUGGCGUUGACGACCGUCUGAAUGGGAGCUUGGAACACGGUUCGGAUUUCGACGGUCCUGAUGCUCCAGCUGGAGCAAACACUAUGCUUCCAAUCUUUAGAGGUGGAAGUCAAUAUACACAAAAUGUGCUAGGUGGGAGAACUUCGAGACCGGACGGGUCACAAGGAAAAAAUGAGGGGCAUGCCUUGGUGCAGGGACUUUCAGAACGGAGCCUUUAUUCGCCAAGUCUACUUCGAAAUUCCAAUACGCCUAGAGCGGAUUCACACCUUGCAGUCGUCAUAACCUCGCCUCCUGCUCAGGGACAAUCACAGACCCUACAUUCGUCGGCCGGAAGUCUAAAUCAAUCUGGGGGGCUACAAGCACAGAAAGAUGCGGGAAAUAAAAGGUUUUCUACCUCUCGAAUUGUCCCUCCGCCGCGAGAUAAUCGUUCGUCCCGCAUGACCGUGCCAUCAAAGCAAAGCAGCACCAACCAAGUUGAGAUGCUUGGUUCGUCCCUCGGGUAUACAUCAAAUGAGCCCUCCUCUGCCCCGCGAAUUGGCCGACCGUCCGAAAGACCCAAUACCUGCGCAAUUGAGUCCAUCUUCUCUUCCAAAAAUCCACUCGCACUUCCCAACCAAGGAGAUCGUCUUUUCAGCACUCCCCAGACUACGGUAAAGGCAGCUGGGAGCCCCAGCAGCUCAUUCAUAGUUCCCAAAAAGCGAGGUCGUCCGUUUAGCACCCCACAAACUGCAGCAAAGGGAGUUGGGCAUCCCAGUACCUCACGCAUAGUCCCUAAAAAGAGAGGUCGUCCUUUCAGCAGUCCCCAGGCAGCUGAAAAGGCAGCAGUUAAGGCCGCAGCGAGAGCUGUAGAGCGGGGAUCAGCAUCAACUAGUCAAAUUAAGAAGCGCAAGCGUCAAGCUGGGACUUCUGUGGUUGACUCGUCGAAUGGUGAACCUAAGAAGCGCGCUCGGCCACUUGAGGGAUAUCGGCCUGCUCCUGUAGAGGCGCGCUAUGCCCCAUUCAUAUGUCAAUGGAAGGGUUGUCUCGCUGAAUUGCACAAUCUGGAAACUCUCCGCGCUCAUAUUUACGGUAUGCACUGCUAUGGGCGGGAAGCGGGGAUGACAUGUGGCUGGGGCAAAUGCGGGGAUUCCGAUGGGGUUGGCAAAGAGCUAAAUGUAAGAGGUGUUAAGAGACAUUUCGCUUUUACUUUCAUAGAUGACUUGAAGGAUCAUAUAGAAGAGGCACAUUUGGUGCCAUUUGCUUGGCAUAUGGGCGACGGUCCUAAGACACCUUCCCUAACCGGCACUUUAAAAUCAAGGUCUACGAUCUCGGAACCUUGGCUCUACGACGCCGGUGGUCGACAAGUUACUCCUUCAGUUCGUUGUCAAAGAGUCGAAGGUGGCGAUCCAAGAUUCAAUAACUUUAGACGAUUCCAGAAGCAGGUUAGAGGGGGCGUCUACUCUGUCUCCAGAGCUGCCAACCCCUCUAUAAACCCGACAAGCACCAAAGCGGCCAAUAAUAAGAAGCCACACGCCACUUGGGGAAUGAAUACCAUGAACAAUAAACCGAGUUCGGAUGGGGUUAUGGUUCUUCUGCCCCCUGUCAAAUCCCCCCAGGAUUACCAGAAGGUUCCAUUUGUCAUCUCAGACGACGAGGACGAGUUGGCUCUGAAUAAUGCCCAACGAAGAAGUGGCCGACAGUGA